UACAAUGGGCUUGACUACUCCUCACACCAAGAAGUCGCCUUCUUCCUUCUUCCAUCCUCCCUUUCCUUCUUCUGUGUUGCGGACCUCAGCUUGGCUUCACCGCAUCUCUCCGUCGGUGUUUGUCGGGAGCUUCAGAUCCGUGGGAUUAGCAGGCCGGCGAUCGAGGGCAAGAGCAGCAUUCAGCCAUGGAUCUGGCCCCAGAACAGCUGCAGUUCCUCACUAUACCCGACAUCCUACGGGAGUCCACCUCCAUCCCCAAGCAUUCCCCCCGGACCUUCUACCUCAUAACCCUAACCCUAGUCUUCCCCCUCUCCUUCGCCAUCCUCGCCCACUCCCUCUUCACCCACCCCCUCCUCGUCCAGCUCCAGUACCCUUCCUCUGACCCCGCCCAGACCCGCCACGACUGGACCCUCCUCCUCACCUUCCAGUUCCUCUACCUUAUCUUCCUCUUCGGCUUCUCCCUCCUCUCCACCGCCGCCGUCGUCUUCACCGUCGCCUCCAUCUACACCUCCAAGCCCGUCUCCUUCUCCAACACCCUCUCCGCCAUCCCCAAGGUCUUCCGCCGCCUCUUCCUCACCUUCCUCUGGGUCUCCCUCCUCAUGGUCACCUACAACGUCGUCUUCCUCGCGUUCCUCGUCCUGCUCAUCGUCGCGAUCGAUACCCAGAAUCCCCUCCUCCUGCUCUUCUCCAUUCUCGUGAUCUUCCUCCUCUUCCUGGUCGUCCACGUCUACAUCACCGCUCUGUGGCACUUGGCCAGUGUCGUUUCCGUGCUGGAGCCCGUUUACGGUUUGGCGGCGAUGAAGAAGAGCUACGAAUUGCUUAAGGGUAGGACGCGGAUGGCGGGGGUCCUGGUUUUUAUGUACUUGGUGAUCUGCGGAGUGAUUAACAUGAUCUUCGGGGCAGUGGUCGUGCACGGGGGAGAGAAUUACGGGGUUUUCACGAGGAUCGUGGUGGGUGGAAUCUUGGUCGGGGUUCUAGUGAUAGUGAACUUGGUGGGUCUGAUGGUGCAGAGCGUGUUCUACUAUGUCUGCAAGAGUUAUCACCAUCAGGGCAUCGAUAAGAUUGCUCUGCACGAGCAUCUCGGUGGGUAUCUUGGGGAGUAUGUGCCAUUGAAGAGCAGCGUUCAGAUGGAGAACUUGGAGAUUUAAUGAUUCAAUCGGUGGGUGGAUCUUUGUAAGUUGUUUAUUAGCUCUAUUUGAGGGAGAAUUAUAUCUGUAAAUUGGAAGCGGGUAUUCGGGUUUACUCCUCAUAGCAUAAAUAUGUCCAGCAAACACGCCCUAGUUUGUCCCAAGCUGUUUCCUCUGAUGCUUGUAAGUUGUAAUUGUUGGACAAGUAAAAUUAUCAGUUGUCAGAAAGCUAGUUUUUCUUCUUCAUCGCAUUCAUGUGUUCCCCUGAGCAGGCAACAAUUUUUGUUCUUUGGCCUUUCCCCGGCAUUCAUUGUAUGGAUAAUGAUGUUAUGUGUCUAUUUGCAAACUUGAUCACCCGUGAAGGAAAAUAA